UCAUGGUAACAACCAGGAAUAAUGGAAUCCUGCCUGCCGCGCUAACAAGACGUCGUCUUCUAGUUAGAGAAACUCGUCCAAAUGUCAAAUGACUUGAAAUAUAGCGUUUCCAGUAGUUUUAGGGGACGGUGUGUUCAUCCGUUGACGUUAUCGGAGUAGUGAUCUUCCUGGAAACUUUCGCCAUUGUUGGAAUCCUCCCCAGAUUUGUAAAGGUAUUUGGUUGCCGUUUAGGUGUUGCAUUGGUGGGUCGAUCUGUUAUCGCGCGCAGAGAUCACUCCUCCUGAUAUAUACGAAUCGAAAGACGCAUUGAUUUGCCAGAUUUGGAAGGGUUUUGUAUAAUUUUGCAGGGUGGGAAUUUCAGGGGGUUCCUCAAUUGAUUCUCAUUGUUGGAUCCGAUGGCGGAAGGGACUGCGCAAUCUCGCUAUGUGAAGCUUACGAAGGAACAAGCUCCUGUGGAGGAGGAAAUUACUCCAGGGGAGCUCAAUCAGCCUAUUCAGGUUCCUCAGUUGAAUGUUCACAGGUGCAGUGAGUGUGGUCAGCCCCUUCCCGAGAGCUAUGAGCCUCCAGCAGAUGAACCUUGGACAACUGGGAUAUUUAACUGUGCUGAGGAUACAGAGAGUUGCUGGACUGGACUUUUUUGCCCUUGUGUGUUGUUUGGGCGUAAUGUGGAAAGCCUGAGAGAAGAUAUCCCCUGGACACAGCCAUGCGUUUCUCAUGCCAUUUGUGUUGAAGGUGGCAUUGCACUAGCUGCAGCAACAGCAAUCUUCCAUGGUAUUGAUCCAAGGACGUCAUUUCUCAUUUGUGAGGGUUUGAUGUUUUCUUGGUGGAUGUGUGGCAUCUACACUGGUCUUUUCCGACAAUCAUUACAGAAGAAAUAUCAUCUCAAGAACUCACCUUGUGACCCAUGCAUGGUACAUUGUUGCAUGCACUGGUGUGCGUUGUGUCAGGAGCACAGGGAAAUGAAAGGACGUUUGUCUGAUAAUAUUGUAAUGCCUAUGACAAUUGUCAACCCUCCUCCAGUACAAGAAAUGAAAGCAAAUGAGAACCAGGAGUCUGCACCUGCCGAAGCAAAUGGUAGUGAACACUCUAAUUUGGAGAUGCAGGCCUUGUAGGAUUCAGAUAUGUGGAACAAAGGUUGAAUUAGAAACGAGAUUUUGUAUUCGUUCUUUUCUUAUUUUUCUUGCAUCAAAUUUAUACCCAACUGUGGGAUGCUUAUGCAGGCAUCCUGAGAGAAACCUGCCUGGUUUACAUGAGCUAUACAGAUGCACCAGUUGAUAGCAUCACCUUUAUAAUAUUUUGAAUUCCUUGUCUCUUAGUAAUAUUUUUUUCAUGAAA